AUGAUCAAAAUACGCCCGCUUGCGCAAAGCGCGAGGUGUGCGAGCGCUUCUGCAUCCGUACGACCGCUGUCAUCCAUAUCACCGCUGGUCUCAUUGCGAUACUCCUCCACAAAGAGUGCCAAAGACAUCGAAGCCCUCCUAGCCCAGCCCACAUGGUCGGUCAAGACACUGCUUCCUGCCGAAGCUCAACCCACCGAUGCACCAGACAUCACUCCAAAGCAGUUGCGACAUCUCCUCAAUCUCUCUGCACUACCUGAACCUAGAGAUACGGUAGAGGAGGCGAGAAUGUUAAAGACCCUGCGGUCACAGCUCCACUUCGUGCGCGCCAUCCAAGAAGUCAACACCGAAGGCGUAUCCCCACUACGUGCUAUCCGGGAUGAGACACGCGCUGUUGAGGAUGAGACCAAAAUAUCCUUACACUCGCUCAAGGAGGCCCUAGAUCAGGAAGUUGUGCGCGGGAAGCAUUACAAAAGAAUAGAAAGGAAAGAGGGACCCGUAGACACCAAAGGCGCAGAGGACUGGGAUGUGCUUGCUCAUGCUGAACGCAAGGUCGGCCGCUAUUUCGUAGUGGACAGUGGAAAGACAUAA